UGUCAAACCUACUCCUUUUGACUUUGAUGUCUUGAAAUUUCAGUGUUUUCUUGAUCUUCAAGCUCUCACACCUUAAAAUAUAAUAAGGGCUUCUUUUAAAACAAGUUUUUCCAUAGAGAGCAGCUUAAAAAAUCACUUCCAUUUUUGCUCUUACAAGAUUGUGUUGUGUCUUAGAGGAUUAUUUCUUAAGGAAUUAUACAGGAAAGAUGCGUACCCCAUCUUUGCUUGCACAGUGUUUACCUGGUUUGGUACCUCAAGAUAGAGGAAGCAAUAGUGUGUCAACUGUUUUAGAUGUGGUUCUUCCUACACCAGCUGUGGAAGUUCUCCCUUCAAAGAUGUUUCAUCCUUCCAAGUAUGCUGGAGAGAAUGUAGAAUUCCAAGGCCUUAAUGUGUUUAAGGGUAGAGUUAGUGUUGCUGAUAUUAUUGGGUUUGUUGGUUCUGAGACGAUAUCCUCAAAAACUGAUGGGUAUCUGAAAUCUUGGGACAACUCUAUUGAUCUUGUUAAUGUUCUCAAGCAUGAAAUUCGAGAUGGACAACUGAGCUUUAGAGGCAAGAGGGUACUUGAGCUUGGUUGUAGCUAUGGUAUUCCAGGGAUUUUUUCUUGCCUGAAGGGUGCUUCUACAGUGCACUUCCAAGAUCUGAAUGCAGAAACUAUAAGGUGCACAACCAUACCAAAUGUUCUUGCUAACCUUGAGCAAGCUCGGGACUGGCAGAGCCGACAGCUGGAGAGUCCCCUGACUCCAUCAAGACAAAUAUUGGCACCGUCAGUGCACUUCUAUGCUGGGGAAUGGGAGGAACUCCCCACAGUCUUAUCUGUUGUGAGGAAUGAUACAUUUGAAGUGACCACAGGGAUGAGCCUAAGCUUUUCCGAGGAGGAUUUCUUGGAUGGAUGUAGUAGCCUAGAUGGUAGCAUCAUUGGUCAGGAAACUUCCUCAAGACGACGAUCAAGGAAGCUUUCAGGAAGCCAAGCAUGGGAGAGGGCUAGUGAGACAGAUCAUGGAGAAGGGGGAUAUGAUGUUAUUCUGAUGACAGAUAUCCCAUACUCCUUAUCUUCUUUGAAGAAGCUGUAUGCUCUCAUUAAAAAGUGUUUGAGGCCUCCAUAUGGAGUCUUAUACUUGGCAACAAAGAGAAACUAUGUUGGUUUCAAUAAUGGAGCACGGCAGCUAAGAAGUCUGGUAGACGAGGAAGGCAUAUUUGGAGCCCAUUUAGUUAAGGAGAUGACUGACAGAGAUGUUUGGAAGUUCUUUUUCAAGUGAACAAAAGCUCAAAACUCAACAAAAAGUACCCGCUAACUCAUCACAAAUUAAGAUUUUAUUUGUUUUGAUAUUGAAUUUGUAUAUCACAGAUCACAGAUAUCAUCAUUUUUUUCUUUUUUUGAUUCAUAAUAAUGGAAUCAGUAUUUUAAAUUUUUGCAAGUGUGCAGCCUCCUGCUUAUUCCUUUUGUAAUCCCCUUUCCUCUUGCUCCUUGUUUAUCCUUUUUGCUUAGAUUCUUCACGUCUAGCUUGUAUAAAAAGAAUAUUCUAAGGAUGUUAUAUAAUUCCAUUCGUUUUUGUAUAA